AUGGAUCCCCCGUCCGCGCUCGCGUCGCCGUCCUUGGUCAAGCUGGUGGACACGUACAAGAAGGCGGCGGCCACGGCGGCCUCGGUGACGGCGUACGCCGUGCUGGCGCGCGGCAUGGCGCGGGAGCUCCUGCCGGACGACCUCUGCGCCUUGGUCAGCUGGGGCGCCUCGCUCCUCCGCGCGCGGAUGGAGCCGCCACCCGUCGAGCGCUGCACCAUCGUCGUCAGGCGCAUCGAGGAGAACUCCUCCAACUGCGAUGACUACAACGCCUUCUACACCGACGUGCACGACUACCUGGCCACCCGGAUCGACCCACGGUCCAUGCGCCGGCUCCGCCUCAGCGGCGGCGGCGCCAGCAAGGUCAUGUCCAUGGACCGCGGCGACUCCAUGACCGACCUCUUCGAGGGCGUCCAGUUCAGGUGGGCGUCCGUCCCGGGGGAAGGCGACCACGGGGUGGACUCGCUGGAGCUCAGCUUCGACGCGGAGCACAUGGACAUGGCGCUCGGCAGGUACGUGCCCUCCAUCACCGCCGCGGCGGAGCAGGCGCGGCGGCUCAACUGCGCGCUCAGGAUCUACAUGAACGAGUCCACGUCCUGGCGCGGGAUCAGCCACCACCACCCGGCCACCUUCGACACGCUCGCCAUGGACCCGCCCACCAAGCAGGCCGUCAUCGCCGACAUCGACAGGUUCCUCAAGCGCAAGGAGUACUACCGCCGGAUCGGCAAGGCGUGGAAGCGCGGCUACCUGCUCUACGGCCCGCCAGGCACCGGCAAGUCCAGCCUGGUCGCCGCCGUCGCCAAUUACCUCCGCUUCAAUCUCUACGACCUCGACCUCGCCGAGCUGCGCUGCAACUCCAUGCUCCAGAGGCUGCUCAUCGGCAUGCCCAACAAGUCCAUCCUCGUCAUCGAGGACAUCGACUGCUGCUUCACUGCCACGUCCAGGGAAGAUGGCAAGGACCGCAAGACGCCGGUGCUGCCCGAGGAUGGCUCCGACGACUGCUCAAGCACGCAGCAGAACAUAACCUUGUCCGGCCUGCUCAACUUCAUCGACGGGCUGUGGUCCACCAGCGGCGAGGAGCGCAUCAUCAUCUUCACCACCAACUACAAGGAUCGCCUCGACCCGGCGCUGCUGCGGCCAGGGCGCAUGGACAUGCACGUCUACAUGGGCUACUGCGGCUGGGAGGCGUUCAAGACGCUCGCCCGGAACUACUUCGUCGUCGACGACCACCCGCUGUUCCAGGAGAUACAGGGGCUGCUUGCCCAGGUGGAGGUGACGCCGGCCGAGGUGUCGGAGAUGCUGCUGCGGAGCGAGGACGUCGACGUCGCACUCCAGGGGCUCGUGGAGUUCCUCAUAGCGAAGAUGCAGGGGAAGGAAGAUGCAGGGGAGGGGCUUCUGGAGUUCCUCAUAGGGAAGAAGCAGGGGGAGGAAGAUGCAGGGGAGGCAAUGAAGGGGACCAACAUCGAGCUAGUAAACUGA